UUUGUUAGAACAGAAAACGUUUAAUUGUUAAAACAGUCCAAUCAGAACAAUGAGGCACUUGUUAAAUUUCGAUUUGAGUUUUUUCGUCAUAACUGUGUUCUCUCUUUCAAUCCUGAGCGGUUUUUAUGUUUCCGAACCUGUUGGAUCAUCUACUGGUUCUUCUUCUUCAGCACUAAAUGGUUCCACUAACUUUUCAACAGAUUCUUCUAUUGAAUCUUCUUCAACACUAAGUGGUUCCACUAACUCUUCAGCAGACUCUGUUACUGGAUCUUCUUCAACACUAAGUGGUUCCACUAACUCUUCAGCAGACUCUUUUACUGGAUCUUCUUCAACACUAAGUGGUGCCACUAACUCUUCAGCAGACUCUUUUACUGGAUCUUCUUCAACACUAAGUGGUGCCACUAGCUCUUCAACAGACUCUUCUACUGAAUCUUCUUCAACACUAAGUGGUGCCACUAGCUCUUCAACAGACUCUUCUACUGAAUCUUCUUCAACACUAAGUGGUGCCACUAGCUCUUCAACAGACUCUUCUACUGAAUCUUCUUCAACACUAAGUGGUUCCACUAGCUCUUCUACUGGAUCUUCUUCAAAACCUACAUUCUUUAGUACUUCAACGAUCGAGAAAACUAUCACCACAACAGAAUCCUUUGAUCCUUGUGCAUCAAACCCAUGCCUGAAUGAAGGAACAUGUUUAAAGAACACCAACAACUAUUCGUGCGAUUGUCGUUAUGGGUUUGUUGGUAUAAACUGUGAAGAGUUAAACUACUGUAAAUACAACUUUGUUAAUUAUACAAGUGGCGAUGAAUAUUGCAGGGAUAACAAUGCUACAUGUGUUCCUAACAAUAAAACCAAAUAUUUUAGUUGUUCAUGUAAUGUCAAUUCGACGUACUUUGACUACAACGAGGAAACGUGUAAAGGCAUCAUUACCUGUUUAUAUGAAGGUUGUGAUAUGUAUGAGACUUGUGACACACAGGAAGACAAAUGUGUGUGUAAGGAAGAUUACGAGCGGAGUAACGACACAAGCCCUUGUGUGGGUAAAAAUUUCUGUGCAGAAUUUUGUGACAACCCAAAUGAAGAGUGUAAACGAGGACCUGAGGAUAAUCCGAGAAAUAUCAAUUGCACGUGUAAAAAUGGCUACGCAAGAAACAAGAACACAAAAUAUUGCGAAGCAACAUUUUGUGAAACUGGCAGCAACAACUGUUCAGAAAAUGAAGUCUGUAAGACGACGAAUUCAACCAAAGGUUACAUUUGUGAGUGUAACGACCCAUUCAAUAAAAUAAAGGACAAAUGUGUGCUGCCAAAUAGAACUGAGUGUGUGAAUUCUACCCUUAACUGUGGAGAAGGUGGCGAAUGUGUGAAGAUUAACGAUAUACAAUGGUGCAUAUGUAAUAAAGGAUACAUUCUAGAGAACAAAACGUGCGUGGGUAAGUCAAGCAAUUAAAUAUGUUGAAUUCUA